GAGAGCCAGCGCCGGCGCGGGAUUGGCUGCUGCUGCUGCGCGAGACGGUGGCAGAAGGGAAAAGAUGAGCCGGUCGGGUCUGAAGGGGAAAGAGAGGAGCGCUGCGCCUGAGAGGCGGACGGAGUGACUAUGGAACAUCUGCAUCCCAACAAGCUAAGGUGGUUCACUGACAAAUUUGUGAAGACUCUGUUGUUCUAGAUGAUCUGCUGGCUUAAAAACCUGUUCAGAGUGAUGUUAGAACAAGUUGGGUUGACUAUGGAAUCACUUCUUUGGUCAAGUAAACCUUAUGGCCCAAAUAGAAGUAUUGUAAGGAAAAUAGGCACCAACCUCUCUCUGAUACAGUGCCCAAGGGUUCAGUUCCAGCUUACUUCUCAGUCUGCAGAAGGCAGUCAUUCUACCCAACUCAGAGAAGAUGGCAUAGUUUCUCUUGCAGAUGUAGGAUGGGUUGCUGAAGAAGAAGGUGAAGUCUGUACACGGCUCAGAUCAGAAAUCAGGCCCAGAACUGAAUCAUUCUCUAGAAAUGAAGACUGUUCAGAAAGAGGCCCAAGUUUUCAAGUACAAAAACAAUCACAGAAACAAGAAGACUCCAAGACUGCAGUGGCCACAAAUGAUACAGCUUUGCAGAAGAUCAGUGAAUUAGAAAAUGAACUUGCUAGUUUAAGAGCACAAAUAGCCAAAAUUGUAAGCUUGCAUGAAAAACAGAAUUCAGUGGCAGCUGGAAUCAGUUCUGCAGAAUCAGUUUCUGUCUCAGCAGCAGUACCACCACCACCACCACCUCUGCCACCUCCACCACCGCUUCAGAAGAGUAUCACUGCCAUUGACCUUAUUAAGGAACGCAAAGGAAAAAGAAUAAAGUCUGGUCAUACUCUGAUCAAUAAUGAUCCAAAGAAGCCUGAAAUACCAAAUAUGCUAGAUAUCCUCAAAGAUAUGAACAAUGUAAAGCUGAGAUCAGUGAAAAGGCCAGACGAAAGCACAAAAAGAAAAACUGACCCAACUGAUCCUGCAGCAGUAAUAGCUGAAGCUCUUAAAAAGAAAUUUGCAUAUCGAUACCGCAGUGACAGUCCAAAUGAAAGUGAAAAGCAGACCACAGCAACUGAAGCAAGGCCGUUUGGCCCACACAUGCUGAAGUCUACAGGAAAAAUGAAGACUCUAAUUUGAGAACUGCUAAGCAGAAAAAAUUUGCUGCACUACAAAAGGACUUUCUCAGGAUAUCAGUUCUUUAAUUCUAUGGACCUGAGUUGAAAUGUGCCUCUAAGUUCCACUGGUACUCAUUCUUAGAAAAUGCCGAACAUUGGUAAAACAUUGAAAAAUGUCCAUAUGAUGCUGGGUUUGUUAACACUAAUUUAUUUGUACAAACUCUUACAAGAUGUAACAUCCUUACUCUUUUGUGACCAAUGUGAUUAUAUUUAUCUUAAGUCAUAGCUCCAGUGUAAUGGCUGGAAUUAUCUAAGAGAAGUCUUCUGCACUUCAUUUUAGCUUCUUGGACUUCUCACUUGUAACUGCGCUAGCAUUCUUGUGCUGUGAAGCUACUCUGCCUCUUAUUCAUUCAUUAUGAAUGAGACAGGCUGUUUCUUACUUACUGCUCAGCAAUGCAGACUCCAGCAUUUAGUAUGACUUACCUAGUCUUCAACACAAGCUGCAUUGGCAGCAAACUUAUAAACUGUAAAAAAAGCCAACGUAUAGGACCAAAAACAAUAAUCAUGAUUUCUUUCCCAGGUAAUAAUGCUGUUAUGGGGGAUCUAGAAUGCUGCAUAUUUUGCAUUAGCAAAAUCUGAGAAGCUAGAGCAGAUGAAACUUUACCAGUGAAGUGUAAUGUAUGUUAAACUUUGCAAAGAUACUUGAAAUCAGACUGUAAAGACCAAGUGAACAGCACCAGCUUGCAUUUUGUUCUUCAGUUUAUUGUGAUAAAUCCUGGUGUGGUUAUUGUUUCCUACAGCUACCAAACCCAUCCUCCCUAUUUCUUGCCAGUUUCAUACAUCAUGCUUUCGCUAGAAGUGAAAAAGGAGUUGAUCUUUACUGAGAAUGUGAAGGGAGGGAUGACUGUUCACUAUCUCAGCUAUAAAUAAAUAAAUCUGUUAGGUGGUGACCUGCCUGGCCCAAAGACCCACAUAAUGUCUAGCACUUUGGGUUAGAAACGUUUUACACCCCAUGUUUGCUAUUUGUGGAAUGCACCAUUUGUAGCAGCAUCUUGACUACUAAUACUCUUGAACUGCUGCCUAUUUUAGUAGAGGGGAAAAGAAGCUGGGAAAAAUAUCAGAAAAGAAUUUGAUUUUGGAAGAGGGAAAAUACUACUUUCAGAACUGAGUGUUUUCUAAAUGCAACUCCUCUUGAUGUCUUCUGGUUUGUACUCUUAAGCAUUUAUAUUUCUUAAACAGAUUGAAUUAUAAUAUGGUCAAACAGAAUGCAUUGCUAUUAAGACUUAAUUUAAUCUAGGUGUCAAGUGCUGUAGUGUUCCAGAAACAUUUUAAAGCAUUCAUUUUAAAGCAUUUUAUAAAAUAGGGUUUUAUGGACUAUUUUCAAUUUGUUCAUGGGAAAAAAACCCUGAUGUCAGCUAUUAUCCUCAAAAACUUGUGUUCAAUCCUAUGACUAAUACAGAAUUGAAAUCAGA